CCUUGAAUUUAUUUUCCUGUGGCGCCCGGUGUUUACCGGAAGUAGUUUCCUUAUUGCGGUUUAUUGCUCAUACUCUUCUAACGUUAUAUUCAUUUGUUGAUCUUGUGGUCGUGUAUUUAUUUGGCUUCUUUUAUUAAACUUAUAUCUGUUCUGCAUCAUGGCUAUUCCACUAAACGCCCUUUUCAGCGAUUCGUACGUCGAUAUAAGCCAAUACAGAGAUCAGCAUUUUAAGGGCAAUCGAUACGAACAGGAGAAACUGCUGAAGCAGAGCAGCACGUUGUAUGUGGGAAACUUGUCCUUCUACACAACAGAAGAGCAGGUUUACGAGCUGUUCUCCAAAAGUGGUGAUGUGAAAAGAAUCAUGAUAGGUCUGGACAAAGUGAAGAAAACGGCGUGCGGAUUCUGCUUUGUGGAGUACUAUACUCGCGGAGACGCAGAGAAUGCAAUGAGGUACAUUAAUGGGACAAGAUUGGAUGACCGAAUUAUCAGGACGGACUGGGACGCUGGCUUCAAAGAGGGACGGCAGUAUGGACGGGGCAAAUCAGGAGGCCAGGUGAGGGACGAAUACAGACAGGAUUAUGACCCUGCUCGAGGUGGAUACGGGAAACUAACUCAACUCCAAAGAACACCGGAUGUCCGACAGAAGUUUUAGUUGACAAUGUAUAAUUUAACAGGAUGUGGAUUAACUUGUUUGAGCUAUGAUGGAGCAUUAUUUUCUGACAGUCUUCUUCAAUUAAACUUUUGUAUAUAGUCUGGAAUAAAUGUGUCCUUUGUGCACUGUAAAUUGAAACUUGAAACAGGCCAGCUGGGUUUGUUUAUGUUCAGUUAAAAAUGUGACAUUUUGUUUAGUUUCCACAUACCUAUGGUAUUCAUUUCAUUGAAUCACACUUUUAAUAAAGCAUGUUUUUUUAAAUGA